AUGUCAGGAUCACUGCCUGACGCUGGACAUCUAUCGGGCCACAACCAGACGCCGGAGUUUCACCGGACCAUCACACGAAGCCGGAGUUCCGCCAAACCAGCGCCAGACCACCGACUGAGUAAGGGGAAGAGCUUCUUCGGCGGCGACACCAUUAACUUGGUCGACAUAUCCCUUGGUUCCUAUAUUAAUUGGCUAAAAGCUGUCAAAAUUAUAACGGGAAAAAACUUUCUAGAUAAGACGAAGACUCCGCGGUUGGUUGAGUGGGCGGAAUGCUUCUGCUCUGUCGAGGCCGCGAUGAAGGUGCUUCCGGAAGCUGAAAAACUGGUGGAGUUCAGGACAUUUUUGAAGGCGAAGGCCGCCGGUCGUGCUGCUGCCGAUCCUUCAUCCAAAUGA